AAAUUCUGCUUUUUACAUAAGAUCGAUUCCUAUAUAAAAAGCGAAACUAACUGGUGUUUAUUGUGUAGAUCGCGAAGUUCUUUAGUGGCACACAAAAAUGAAAUAUACCAUUGUUUUCGUCUUCACCCUUGUCGCACUUGGUUGCGCUGCUCCACCUCCAGCAGGGGGUGACGAUGGGUCAUACCACCCAUCUGAUGAAGGCAAAUACGUACCAGAUGCUAGUGGUGGCUAUGGUAGUGACGGUAGUGGACAAUACAGAGGUCAACCCCAACCUCAGCAGUAUCAAAGAAAAGUCCCCGUAUCAUCCGCCCCUUCAGGCAAUGCAUUCUUCCGUUAUCCUCAGCCAUCUUAUCCAUCACAACAGUCAUCCUACCAACAGCCCGCACAACCUUCUUACGCCCCUGUGGUAGGUGCAGGUCCUGAGGCCCAAGCUAAAACCCUUAGAAGUGAAUCGGAAGUCAACAUUGAUGGAUACAGAUAUCUAUAUGAAACCGAUAAUGGUAUCUUCGCUGAAGAAGAAGGUCACCUCCAAAAUCAAGGUACAGAGGGCGAAGCUUUGAAAGCUGUCGGAGAUUUUAGGUACACCGGUCCCGACGGUGUGGUGUAUUCCGUGUCUUAUGUUGCCGACGAGAACGGUUUCCAACCUGCCGGUGCUCAUCUUCCAACACCACCCCCAAUUCCUGAGGCUAUUGCCCGAUCUUUGGAAUUUAACCAGCAAGAAGUACCCCAACAACAGCCAGGAAGGCCGUAAACGAUUACUUUCCUUGUUAUACAAAUGAUAUGUAAAUGUGUUUCAUGUAAAUAAUGUACGAACUUUAUUCGUUGCAAGUAAAGUACAAUAGUUACACCUAUAAACUAUUUCAUUUCA